AUGUGUUGGGUUGAUGUCACCUCUUUACUCGAUACCACAACAACGAAUACCCCGAAUCCUCUCGUGGACCCCUCUAGAAGUUUUUCUGCUAUGAACAUCGAAGCCCUCGAUCAGACGGUGUGGGAUGCCGUGAUAGCAGGGACCGGCCUCCGAGAAUCCCUCCUCGCAGCAGCGCUUGCCAGAGCGGGCAAAAAAGUCCUGCAUCUAGACCAGAACCCGUAUUACGGCGAAGAAUAUGCUGCGCUCUCUCUCGACGAGCUGGAGGCUUGGACACAGAAUGUCAAGUUGAGCCACAUUAGAUCGGUUCAAUAUAAAACCUACCCUGUGCCGGAAGGCUCAGGCUUAAAAAAAUCUCGCUCAUACACUCUGAGUCUCUCUCCCGGUCUCCUGUACACAGCUUCUCCGAUCCUUUCCCUACUCAUCAAAAGUAAUCUUCACGAAUCUCUCGAGUUUUUAAAAGUCGGUGGAUGGUUCGUCUACGACGCUGCCACCCCAUUGUCCGAUCCACUCAAAAGGGUGCCAAAUACUCGGGAAGAUAUCUUUAAUGACAAAACUCUAGACCCUCGGACGAAGAGGGUGGUUGUACGGGCUCUGAAAUCAAUGGUGGGGUCUGAAGGUGUUAAUUUAGGAACGGCCGCGACAUCGAGUGGUUUAUCCCUGCAACAGUAUCUCGAACAACCCUCUUUUCGUCUUCCUUCCUCGAUAAUUGUUGCUUUUACGAGUUUAACCCUUCUUCACAACCUUCCUAGUGAAUUACCCCUCGGGGAAGCUGAAGAAAGGAUCAAGAAACACUUCGAUUCAUUAGGACGGUUCGGCGCCGGGUUUUCUGCAGUAAUCAGCAGGUAUGCUAGCGGGUCCGAGCUCGUCCAAGUGCUAUGUAGGGCAGCUGCGGUUACUGGGAAUGCUAUCUAUGUUCUAGAAAAUGGAAUUGUUGAUAUUCAAGAACCUGGCUCGGUAUCCCCCCCGAUACAGGCCCUACCAAACGAAAGUACGGAACAAGGCAUUCGCUUGAGCCUGAAAAGCGGGGAUGUAGUUAGAACACGACAUGUGGUUGGGACAGCCUCGAACCUACCAAUCACGGCCCCUGCAGACCAAAUUUCGUCAGAGAGUACUGGCUACUGGAUGUCAAUAUAUGUGGUAUCAAGUCCUUUGAAGCAGAUAUUUCAAACUGAUGAGCCCCCGCCAGCUGCUGGAGCCAUCAUCUACGUACCUGCAGGGUCGAUCGAGGUCAACGGCUACUCAAACACUAACCCCAUGUAUGUAGUUGUACAUAGUAGUGACACGGGGGAGUGCCCAGAUGGUCAAAGUAUAUUAUAUAUCUCAAUGAAAGAAACCAGCUCUGGCGGGGCGGAGUUUUUUGAUGCUACUGUGAAAUCCCUUCUUCAAAACCUAACGUCUCAGGAAAGUGGGGCCGAUAACACGGCCGGCCAUAUUCUUCUCUCAGUUACAUUUAAAACAUGCGCCGAUUUAGAGCCGCCAGACCAAUCUUCCAGUGGAAGGGUUCAUUUGUUAUCUCGCCACGUCCCUAUGAUCGAAAUCCCAGACUCUUUAGUCGAACAAACAAUGGAAAUUUACGAAAAAAUUGUUGGAUCGAGAGACGCAUUCUUAGAAAAGACCGCCCCCCAGGAGCCUGAGCCCCCAGGAGAGAAGAGUGGGUAA